AUGGAGGCCGAGCGCCCCCAGAACUGGGUUGGGUCUGUGAACGUCACCCGCCCCACUCUGAGGGUACCAGUGGGCAUGGGCACUGCCAAAGUUUCUUUCCCUGCAAAGAUGGUGUGGAAUCUGCACAAACUUUGGGGCCUGAAGGCGUUGGCAGCUGGGGGUGCUGCGUCGGCCUCCCCAGAAAAAGCCAGGCUGGAAGAGGUCAUGGCUGCUGCAGCCCUUACAAGCUGAUCUACCAGCCCUGUCUGUGUGGGGGCCCUAGCUGCAACCUUCAGCCCAGAAUCUGGCUUGGAGCCUUGGAAGGAGGCAGCCAUGUCUUCUCCAUCCACUCCAUCACCCCCACUGCCCCCAGAAGCAGCCCACCUUCUGUUUGGGAGGCUCCUGAGAAAAAGGAAGAGCUCUAUUCAGGUCAUGUUCCAGUGCCUGUGGAGGAAGAGCUGUGGGAAGGUGCUGAGCACAGUGUCCGAGAUGCAGAGACACAUCCACCUGGUGUGCGGUGGGACUGGGGGGUUGGUCAGGGUGGGGAGACAGGCAGAGCCAGAGCAGAAUGAUGGGGAAGAGGACUUCUACUACACAGAGCUGGAUGUUGGUAUGGACAAGCUGACUGACAGGUUGUCCAGCCUAACACCAGUGUCUCCUAUAGUCUCCAUGCCACUUACCUUUCCUCAUGUGGAGUUCUCAGAGCUACCGGAACCCCCAGUUCUUCCUAACCUGCCACAUCCCCUAACUUGGGUUCCAUCUCCCAAGCUCAGCUCUUCAGCUGUUCCACAGGUCUCAGAGCACUCUAGAGAGAAACAGGGGUUGUGACUCCUUCCAGAGAUGCCACAGCCCACUGAGGCCCAAGCCUACAUACCAGCCCUGCCUGCUAAGCUUGGGGUCAACCUGAGGAAGCCCUGGGGUGAUGCCAAGAAGUGCCGGAAAGUGUAUGGCAUGGACCACAGGGACCUGUACACAGCCUGCCGCUGGAAGAACAUCUGCCAGCAGUUCCUGGACUGAGCCCAUCCCAUGAUGCUACUGCCUGGCCUUUCUCCCACUCCCAGCCUGAAGCUACAGCAAACUUGUGGUGGAUUUGAUGACCCUGGACUCCUAAAGGUGGAGGAGUGACUGACUAUUCAAAGUGCCUUUUGCACUAAAGACAAACUGCAUGUUGUCCUUUUAGCUCCAGGGGCAGCUUGCCUCCCUGCCUGUCACUCACAGACUUGUCAAAGAUGUCAGUGGGCUCUGCUAAAGCCUGUUUAAGUUGCACUUUGAGAGGUCUCAGGGAGAGUAUUCUCCUGCCCACAUUUAAAGGUGGUGGUUCCAAGCCCCCCUGGGGCUGACAUUUUACCAUGUUAAUGAAGUUCAGGUGUCUUGUGUCUGGGCUAUAUCAGCCAAAGAGAAAAAUUAAAAACUGUGGGGGUUGUUUGUUUGUUUAGUUUUCCAGAAACCAAUGUUUUCUCCUGGGGAAAGAAAUGGAACUAGGAGAGUAAUGGGGAAUGAAUGAUAAGCAGUAGGGGCUGGCGGCUACCUCCAUUCAGGUUGAGGUCCAAGGAAGGGUACUGUUUGAAACCACACAGGAGGCAUCUGCAUGGAGCAGCAAUUUCCCAUUUUAUUUGAAGUGAUCAUUUUGCAAGAAUGUCUACACUAAUCCCAUCACAGAAAGAAAACCCACAGGCAACCUGGAGCACACCUAGGCAGACAAGAAAUCGCAAGAACCACUAUAGAGAAGGUAAUCUUUACUUGUCUGUGGCUAUAUAGAAGCAGGACAACAGGGCUGUGAACCGCACCAACUGAUUAUGACAAGCCUUCUGCAAAUAUUAACCACAUCUUCAGUACAAACACAGGUUUAUAAUAAUUAAUAUAAAGUCAAUAUAAUAUAGAUUAUCUCCAGAAAAAAAAAACAACACUCUUCAAACACUGCCCUUUUUUUUCACUUUUUGUUGACAGAUUGAAAGCAUGUUGAAAAAUAAAUAAAUAAGAAAAGCAUACACACAGCACCCUCACUACAAGUGAUUCUAAAAGAGCCACAUACAAAACACAAUAGGAUCUAAAAAAUACCACCACCAUUAAGUAUGGCUUUCUUAGGAGUUGUAUAUGUCAUAGAAUGAGCCAAAGUAAGAUUAUCUUUCAUAAUAUUGCAAAAAGUUCCAGUUUUGCAUUUUCUCAGGUUUUUGUUUUGUUUGUUUUUAAAGGAAGAUGUGCAGAAUUGGAAGCAUAGCUGUGUCUUUUGAGUUAGGUCCCUGUCGAGUCCUAGCAGUGUCCUGUUCCCCAAAACUCAGAGUUCAGUAUGCAAACUGGUCAGGAUCCAGAGAUCCGUACAAAAAUCGUAUUGUUUUCCCACCUCAACCCUAACAACACCCACCCCAUGGACUAUAUUUUCCACUUUGGUGUUUCAAACACCAAAAUACACACACAAAAAAUACAAAAUGUGAAAUGUAAUCUACACAUUUUCUUCAUAAAAAAAUAUUUAUUAGUUUGAACAUUGAAUAAAAAAAAGUCACAUUAAAAAAAAAAACAACUUCAAUACAUACGUCCUUUCCCUCCAUGCCUCCUGAGAUGGAUGUGUUCAUCUGGAUCUCUAGAAUUCCACUUUCCAAUUGGAAACUGAGCCAGAACUAAGCCUGUCACAUGGCAAACACUUGGAAGGUGGUGGGACCAGAACUGGGACCCUUAGUUUUCUGGUACAGUACUGGUUUUAAGGAAGUGCCCUGUGGUACCAACAGGGAACCUCCAGAAAGGCCAGCAAAGGCAGUCUGGAAGUGGGGCCAGUCAGAGCAAGACAUCCUGAGAGUGGAGGGCACAGGUGCCUUGGGAGGUGGGCCAGAGGUCCUGGGUCCUGGGCAGGACAGCCUGAGAAGUAGGGACUGAUACAAAAACCCAGAGACAGUGGUAGCAAAGGUCUAGUUUCCAAAUGCAUUUUAUAAGAAAGUGUUUAGAAAAGGCAAUUUAAAAGAGAGAGGAAGGUACUAAGUCUGAUAGCCCUCAAGGGGCCUGGCAAGGCUAGACGUUCUCAACCUGGAGUUCUGUUGGUAAAAGGGGGUCUAGCUAUGCUACCAUACUGGACGGAAAUGUCCUCCAGAACCAGCAUGCCUCAGAGGAGAGGACAGUGAGUAGAGGGGCACACAGCUUUCAGACAAUGGUUCCUACACUCUGUAGAGUGUCCUAGCCCUGUUCCUCUUGACUAUUGUUUUGUUUAAAACAAUAAAGGCUGUGAUUCCUUCCUCCUGUAGCUCAGGCAGCUGGUCCUUGAGGAAUGUCACCAGGUGACAUGCUCUGUAUAACCAAUUGGGACCUAAGUUACAGUUUUAUGGGGCUUCCUCUUACUUACCUAGAGAGAACAGAUGUGCCAGUUUAAAAAAAAAAAAAAUGUCUAAAAGCCAUUUGACUUAGUGUUUGAGAAAGGGAAAACAAAAUUCUCUAACUGGCCCUAAUGCUCAGUAGCCUGAUGAGCCCUUGC